GCUCUGUAGCCUGUCUUCACGUUUUAAAGCAGUCGCGCUGCUCAGGACUGUCGCUGGAACGUGUAACGUUAGAUCUCCAUGGAGACUCCGGACUACAGCGCUAAUCCGCGCUCCAGAUUUCGACUCGUUUACAUUAAAGUAUUAAACGUAAACACCCCGAGUAAAACCGCACAACGGCGCGAAAAGCCUAAAACCGCUCACAAAGUGGCUUCUGCUGAAAUUUCAGCGUCGUGGCUCACUAGGGAGAGUCGUUUCGUUGCGCGGUGCAUCGUGGGAGUUGUAGUUCCUCGGUCGGAACGCCGAAUUCGACGUCGGUUCGUGUCCAGAAAUGAGCUCUGAUUGUGAGCAGUGCGAGGGGCGCGCGCUGCGGUCCUUGUGCUGCAGUGACGCUCGCGGGAAAAGCAGUUUUUGCACAAACUGGAGUGAAUUUUGCGGGAUUUCGUGGAGCUGCUCCGCACAACGCCUCGGCAGUCCGUAGUUCCUGUUGCACUGCGGUGUUUACAUGACCAGGGUUUACCGACCUGGCAGCGCAGGUGCCCUGCGGUGUAUCGUGUCUGUCCGCGCCCGUCUGGACGGGGAGCCGAGCGGCGGCUGAAAUCCCCCAGCGGCUGCAGGCUGCCACACACGCUCUCCUGCGCUCCACACACACUCCGCACACACGCAGAUCCACACAGACAGGAGUCUCAGCAUAUGGCUGCGCCAGGACUCUGCUGAAGCUCUGACACGGGGAAAAACAUGGACAAACGGAGGAGAAGGGACAGUCCACCCAAAAAUGAGCUCCAUGCUCACUGCUCCCACACACACACGCGUGAUGGCUGCUGUUUGAGUGUGUGUUAGGGUUCUCACUGUCACUUAAAUUAGCACACAAGUAAUGGGACUGCUUAGUAGGAUAAACACACAAUGACACAGUAACGUACGUGAGCUGGACUCUGAACUAAUCACACUGUUACGUACAUUUACAGUCACUGUAGUCUGUACAGAAGCUUUUCCUACAGACAAAAUCAACACAUGACAACAAGUGUUCAGAUUACCGGCUGCCAGCAGGGUCAUUUGCAGGCUAAUCACAUUUGGCCAGAACUCUUUUAUUAGUGCGCUAGAGUCGCUUUGAAGGCCGUUAGCUGAUAAUUGCUGUGGGCCUAGUAAUCGUACUAUGGGCCGCUGAAGUUUAGUAGCGCUGUCUUUUUCAGCGUCUACUUUGAUGGUAGGUGAGUUGUUUUGCUACAGCGACACACAAUUGCGACCGACUUGGAAUUGAAAGUGAUUUGCUCCGCCCACACUGGCCUUUUUUUCCACACCUCCUCUGUACAUAUUCUCUGAAAAGCUACAUUUUCAUUGGCUCAUUUAAGUUUAAGGUUCUGUAGAACAUACACAUCAAUUUCAUACUAGACCCUGAGUCAUUUAUACUCAUAAUUUAUACUAAUAUACUAGAAUAAUUCAUACUGGAUACUGAAUAAUUAAUUAUAGACACUGAGUGAUUCGUACUAGACAAUGAAUAAUUAAUUGUAUACAAUGAAUAAUUCAUACCAGAUGCUGAAUAAUCCAUACGACAUACUGAAUAAUUCAUACUAGAUGCGGAAUAAUUAAUUGUAUACAAUGAAUAAUUCGUAGUAGAUACUGAAUCAUUCGUAGUAGAUAAUGAAUAAUUCAUACGAGACACUGAAUAAUUGUAUACAAUGAAUAAUUCAUACCAGAUGCUGAAUAAUUCAUAUGAGACACUGAAUAAUUAAUUUUAUACAAUGAAUAAUUAAUACUAGAUACUGAAUUAUUUGUACUAGAUACUGAAUAAGUCAUACAAGACACGAAAUAAUUCAUAUUAGAUACUUCAAAGCAGAUGCUGAAUAGGUCUUAAGAUUAGUAACUGAAGUAUUUGCCUGGGAUUUGAAACGACUUUACGGUGUUUAAUAACAAUAAUAAUAGUUGUGGUCUCAAGGUCUUAAUUUCUUAGUUGACGAUUUUUAAUCUGGUUUAAGUUUAAUCAAGUAAUCGUGACAGCCCUGGUAUGACUGAGUGAGUGAGCGAGCGAGCGAGUGAGUGAGUGAUGGAGUGGUCUCUGGAGAGGAUGCGUGAGUGGGUGGCGGGGGGGAUGCAGUCUGUGCGGGAGUGUGAGGGGGGCGCUGUGGGCACCGCCCUGUGCCUGGCACUGCUCUUCAUCUGGUACUGUUACCGCGUGGGCUGUGAGCACAGCGUGCCAUCUCUCCGAGGCGGGUACACGCCCGAAACCCGCAGUGGCGGCGCCCUGCCCGCCAGCGUCCUGACCUCCGACCUCUCCAGCCGACUGGCAUCGUCCAAACUCCGCCAGGUGGGUGGAGUCAGCGGAGGUGGGGGUGGAGCUGCCGAAGAAGAACUGAAUGGCUUUGCGUACUGCCAGUCUCCGGAGUGUUUCCGUUGCUCGCGGCCGGGCGAGGGUCUGAACCAGCGGCUGUACCACAGCCUGCAGGACUACGCCAAGCGCUACACCUGGGCAGGUAUGGGCCGGGUUCACAAGGGCGUGCGGGACCAGGGGCGCUACCUGCUCUGCAGCCGCCCAUCCAUCCAGAAACCCGAGGUGUUCUUCUUGCCCGACCUGCCCUCUGCGCCAUUCUUCUCCCGCGAGGCGCAGAAGCACGACGUGGAGCUGUUAGAGCGCAGUUUUCCCGCUCUGCUGGCUGAGUUUGAGAGCGUGUACCGUUUGCCUUCGUCGCGGGCCGGAUCCUCGCUCCCUCCGGGCUGGAAGGCCAACAGCACGCCCCGGGGCCACUGGUGGACCUUCUACCUGGUGAACCAGGGCACCCCCAUGGCCCUGAACGCCCGCCGCUGCCCGCGGACAUGGAGGGUUUUGGGUCAGCUCCGCACUUUCAUCUCUAAUAACGUUUUUGGGAACGCCUGCUUCUCCGUCCUGAGCCCCGGAGCCACCAUCUCCGAACACUACGGUCCAACCAACGUCCGCCUGCGCUGUCACCUGGGUCUGAAGGUGCCCUCGAGCUGUGAGCUGGUCGUCGGUGGGGAGCCGCAGUGCUGGUCUGAGGGAAGCUGCCUGCUGUUUGACGAUUCAUUCCUCCACACGGCCUUUCACGACGGCUCUCCCGAAGACGGCCCCAGAGUGGUCUUCAUGGUGGAUCUUUGGCAUCCAAACGUGGCGGCAGCUGAGCGGCAGGCGCUGGACUACAUCUUCACUCCGGGACGCUGAGAGAGAAGACGAUAAAGAGAUGGAGAGAGGUGGAAAGAGAGAGAGAGAGAGGGAGGGACGGGUGAGACGUCUUGCACACCGGUGGAAAGUAAUCGUGAUGAAUGAGAGGAGCUGAGACUGAACUGGGUGAAUAAUAAACGUUGCACAUUUUUCUGUACAUAAGCGUGUCCUGAUGAACCCCGACGGUUCGUCCUGUCCUCAGAGAUGCUUCUGACCCAAACUAAUGUACAUUGUGGAUGUUUACAGACACGAUCCAGUCUAGAGAAGUACAGCGGAGCUAAUCGUUCCUUUUCUUUUUUCCUCUUGCAACCUGGCUGCGCUCGUUCAGGGUAGAAACAUCACUUAUUAAGCGUUUGAAUCGCCAAGACGUGCACUUUUUACGCUCUGGUGGAAAAGCCAGGCUGUGAUGGUACGGAAAGCACACGGUUAUAUAUGUUGCACCUUCAGGCCUGCGGCGGGUGGCGCGAGCACUCGUAAACCUGAAGCGGACAGUAGCGACGGGACGGCGGCUCUGACGCGUUCGCUAAGCUUUUCAGUGGACUUCACAUGCGGACGGGUCCAGAGAUGCACUACCAGCUGUUGUGUAUAAAUUAACUUCCACCUUAUUCCUCACUAGAGGCAGGCCGUUUUCCCGUCGCUCCGAAGCCUGCUUCCUACGUUCCUCCUUAACUGUUCAACCAGAGCAGGAAAAUCAACCGCUUUGUUUUUCUGUGUAGUAUAGAAGCACCGCAGAACCGCGUCUGAGGCGUCGUACCAAACAGAGAACCUUUCUUAGCCUGAUGUCCAAAGAAUAUGUGCACAGAGCACAGCGAAAUUAUUAUUAUUAUUAUUUCUGUAUUAUAUCAGUUAUUUAUCUGAUUAUUAUACGUUUAACCCUGACAACCACAGCCGAGAGGAAAACUACGCUGUCCGCACAAUAAAUCAAAACCUAAAUGGAAUGAAGUUCGUAUAGUUAUUACUUAAACUAACUCAAUAAAGUGCCCCACCUAGAUUAGCUCCACCCAUUCAGCUACAGCGGUUUAGCUCCACCUGUUCAGCUACAGCGGUUUAGCUCCACCCGUUCAGCUACAGCGGUUUAGCCCCACCGUUCAGCUACAGCGGUUUAGCUCCACC